AUGGGUACGAUCUCGCCGCAAAAUAAAUCAGAGCCGAGUCUCACAAUCACUGCGUCGAUUUUGCCUUCACUCGCUGAUUACAAUUCGGGGCUCGAUCGAGCCAGGUGCAACUGGGAUCAUCUCGCGGAUCUCGCCCUAGCAGAUCCUCACUUCAAUGGUUCUGAUCCCAUUGAGCUCCUCAUCGGCGCCGAUAUCUAUGGCGAGAUAUUCCUUGGCGAAAUGCGGAAGGGACCUCGCGGGCAGCCCUAUGCAUUAAAUACUAUUUUCGGAUGGGCAGUAUCCGGUCCUACGAGUGUUUCACUUCAAUCCCGCCGAACAAUCACUGUUCAACAUUGUUCGGCCUCAACGUCGCUUGCGCUCGAUCGCGAACUGAGAAGAUUUUGGGAGAUCGAGGAAGUUCCGCGACAGACUGUACUCGGCCCGGAGGAACAACGAUGCGAGGAUUACUUCAUGACCACUCAUUCGCGUUUUUCCCACGGCCGAUACAUUGUGCGCCUUCCAUUCAAACGUGAUCCUCCCAUUAAUAUCGGUCGUUCUCGCGAUACCGCUGAGCGAUGUCUAAAAAGCUUACUUCGACGCUUUGAAAUUAACGCCGAGCUAAAACAACAAUAUUUCAAUUUCAUGCGGGAAUACGAAGCUCUGGGACACAUGCGCAGAGCCUCAACUCUCUCAGAAUCCUCUCAGUGCGUGUAUAUUCCUCACCAUCCCGUCUUUCGCGACGGUAGUGCGACCACACACUUGCGCGUGGUGUUCAAUGCGUCGAGUCUAACGUCUAGCGGGAAAUCGCUUAAUGAUAAUUUGCUUCCAGGACCUAAACUACAAACGGACUUGGCGGCGGUCGUGAUGCGAUGGCGACAGUUUCGCUACGUAUACUCGGCCGAUGUCGAGAAAAUGUAUAGGCAGAUCGUCGUUGAUCUGCGUGACACAAAUUAUCAACGCAUAUUAUGGGUGGAUACCGAGACGGAGCGCGUGCAAGAAUAUAAGCUCUUGACCGUGACGUACGGCAUGGCGUCGGCGCCGUUUUUGGCGUUACGAGUCCUGCGCCAACUGGUCCGCGAUGAAGGGCAUUCCUAUCCGUUAGCCGUGUCCGUCCUGACGGAUAACAUUUAUGUUGACGACGUCUUGUUCGGCGCCGACGAUAUCCCUCUGCUUUAG